CCAGCCAGCAGGUUGCUGUCAAGAUGGCACCGAGUGGGCUGAAAGCGGUAGUCGGAGAAAAAAUCCUCAAUGGUGUCAUUAAGAGUGUAAAAAAGGAUGGAGAAUGGAAGGUUCUUAUCGUGGAUCACAUGAGCAUGCGGAUCCUGUCCUCUUGCUGCAAGAUGUCUGACAUUUUGGCAGAGGGAGUGACCAUUGUGGAGGACAUCAAUAAACGUAGGGAGCCCAUCUCUAGUUUGGAAGCCAUUUAUUUGAUUUCACCAGUGGAGAAGUCAGUCCGUGCUCUCAUCAACGACUUCAAAGAUGCUGCCUUCACUUACAAAGCAGCGCACAUAUUCUUCACUGAUACUUGUCCAGAUGGUCUUUUUGCUGAGAUUGGGAGAUCCAGACUUGCCAAGGUCGUCAAGACUUUAAAAGAGAUCAAUGUUGCUUUCCUGCCAUACGAGUCUCGGGUUUUCUCCCUGGAUGAUCCGACCUCCUUGUACUCCUUCUAUAGUUCUAAGCCAAGUGAAAACAAAGACAAAAUGAUGGAGAAUCUGGCAGAGCAGAUCGCCACCCUGUGCGAUACACUUAAGGAGUACCCUGCAAUCCGUUACCGCAAGGGACCAGAGGAAAAUGCUAGACUUGCUGAAGAGGUAUACCAGCGCCUUACUGCUCACAAAGCUGACAACCCAAGCAUGGGAGAGGGUCCAGAUAAGGCACGAUCCCAGCUGCUGAUUGUUGAUCGUGGGUUUGAUCCCAUCACUCCUAUUCUACAUGAGUUGACCUUCCAGGCAAUGGCCUACGACUUGCUAGAUAUCAAACAGGACAUCUAUACUUAUCAGACAACCGGCAUUGGGAACACAAAUGAAAGAGAAGUGUUAUUGGACGAAGAUGAUGAGCUCUGGAUUCAGCUCAGACAUAUGCACAUCGCUGACGUCUCUAAGAAAGUGACAGAGCUCCUUCACAACUUCUGCGAGAGCAAGCGAAUGUGCACUGACAAUGCCAACCUAAAAGAUCUCUCUCAGAUGUUAAAGAAGAUGCCACAGUACCAGAAGGAGCUGAGUAUGUACUCUACUCACCUGCACCUUGCAGACGCUUGCAUGAAGAAAUUCAAGGCGUCUCUCGACAAGCUUUGUGAGGUGGAACAGGAUCUGGCAAUGGGAGCAAAUGCAGAAGGUGAACCUCUAAAGGAUUCCAUGAAGAGCAUUGUUCCUGUGCUCCUCAACAAUGAAAUUGGGGCCUAUGAGAAAAUCCGCAUAAUACUGCUGUACAUAUUCCACAAGAAAAAAGGCAUCGGGGAGGAGAACCUUGCUAAGCUUAUCCAGCAUGCAAACAUACAGGCGGAGAGCAACAUCAUCACCAACCUGCAGAACCUGGGCUGUAACAUUAUAUCUGGGGGCCGCAAUGCUGGGAAAACGCUGCCAGAUCGGAAGGAGCGCACCGAGAGCACGUACCAGCUCUCUAGAUGGACACCCGUUGUCAAAGACGUCAUGGAGAAUGUCAUUGAUGAUAAACUGGAUAGAAAGCAGUGGCCAUUCAUCUCUGACCCUGCUCCCAUCAACACAACUCAGACUGCAGUCAGCAGUGCACGAUUUGGACAGUGGCACAAAAAUAAAUCUCCAACAGAAUAUCGCUCUGGCCCUCGGCUCAUUAUUUUUGUGAUUGGUGGAGUGUCACAUUCAGAGAUGCGCUCUGCCUACGAAGUCACCCGAGCCACUGAUGGGAAAUGGGAAGUGCUGAUUGGGUCAUCCCACAUCCUGACUCCAACCAGCUUCUUGAAUGACCUGAAGAGUCUGGACCAAGUUCCGAAUCCUGAUUGUUAGAGGGUUAGACCACAAACGGGGUAGAGCACACUGGAAUCAGGGUUUAGUCUUUCGUGUGAGAUGAUUGGUUGCUGGUCUUCUGUCAAAGCAUCUCUGACGUCUGAAGUGAAACAUGAAGAGAAAUCUUAGAUACAGCCAUGGAAGGAAACCUUUAUAAUUCUUUAUUUUGUUUUAGAAUAGUCCUUUUUAUUGUGUGUUGCGAAUUGGGUUCGGUAUACUCCUGUGAUUGAAACUGUAUGAAGUAUUUAAUUAGACAUUCAAAUUAUUAUACUCAUUCAAAUUCUUAUUUUUGUUACUACAAUAUGCAUUUGAUUCUCCUAACUUUGUACUCUGAAAAUUGCGUAAUUUCCACAAAACUUGAUCAUCUCACACCAAAAAUCUUAUCAAGUCUAAUUUAAAUUAAAUGUAUAUAAGUCGGCAAAAGUUUGCAUCGUACAACAUAUAUCCAUUCGCAUACCUUGUUUUUCUCCAGGUACAUUUUUUUUCUCAUGUCUAGGAAAUUUAAUUUCAGACAGUGACUCAACUGCUAUCUUAUGAAAUCUUGCACUUUUAUCAUAUACUUUAAUAUAUUGCUGGGUGUUUCUUUGUUGUUAAAAAUGAGUAAUAAAAGAAACAUGAUAUUCACUAUA